AGGAAAAUAAAACAGAUAGCAUGGCAUGUCUUUAUAUCCGAAGGCAACAUAGCUUUUACUUCCACUUUGAUCGCAUAGCUUAAAUGCUGGGAAACGAUGCUGUGUCUUAUUUUUUUAUCAUUCUACGUCCAUUAUUGUUAUUUUACAGUUUUUGAUAACGGCGUUCAGCUGCUUUCUUCAUUACGAUGGAUGAUAAAUGAUCCAAACUCUUUUUUGUUUAUUCUUUAUCCGAUAAAAAAAAAUAUUUACUAUUCGAUUCAUGCAGUGCUUAUACUCUGCAGUAUCAGUAAAAUUAUGGAGAGAAUAAGAAAAGUCAAGAACUGGCAAAUCCAUCUGUCAGCCUAUCGAUUCGCCCCUUACAGCAAUUCAUAUAUGGUUUAAUUCACACUCCAGUGUCAUCAGUUAUUGGAUAUGAGUACGUUGUAUGUACUACUCCUUUUCUUUCUUUUCAGUUAGAAACCUGGGAAAGAAAGAAAAAAGAAAGAGUAA